AUGUCAGAAGAACAAGUUAAUGAAAAUAAAGAAUCUCCUGAGAUUUAAAAACCGGUUGAUGUACAAGAGGAUCCACCUGUUGAACCAAAAAUAACUCAAUCUACAUAUGGAAAUGAUGAUGUACCUAUUGGAAAAUCUUAAAACAAAUAAAUGCUUGAAGAAUUUCCACCUGAAGGUUUUGUCCCUAAAAAACCUGCACCUAAAAAGGCUACCAAAAAACCAGUUCCUCCUCCUGUUGAAAAUGAUGAACCUAAAGUUAUAAUUAACCCUGAUGAUAUUCCUAUUAAAUAAGCAGGAGCAAAUGUAAUAGAUGACCAACCUGUUGGAGGAGGCAAAAAAUUUGCAAUUAGUGAAUAUCCUGAAGGAAUGGAAGGGGGAGGAGAAGAUCUUUAAUAGACUGUCCUCCCACUUGGUUAGCGUUUGAAGUCAAAAGCAUGGAAAUUAAGACAAAGUGCUUUUGAAGAAAUGGCAGAACUCUUUCAAAAAGAUGAAUCUCUUGAUGAAUAUUAUGAUGAAUGGCCUAAAUUAAUCAAUGAUAAUAAUCCUGGAAGUUAAGAAAAAGCAUUGAUAGCCUUAUAAAUAUUUAUUGUAAAGUGUAAUAAAAGCCAAUUUGCAGCUAGAUUUGAUGCUAAGGAGACUAUUAGAAUAUUAAUUGAUAAAUGUAUUGCACCAGGAAAAAAACAAAUAGUCAAACUUAGUUAUGAACUUUUAUUUGAUAUAUUUGAAAGAAGAGAUAAGUAAGAGAUGUUUGAUGUUGUUAAUGAAAUGUUAAAAAAUAAGGUGUAAAAAGUUUAAUGUGCAGCAAUUCAAAGUUUAGUUGAACUAUUGCUUACAUUUGGUCCAAAGAGAUUGGAUUAUUUGAAACCUUUCUUUCCAGAAAUUGAGAAAUUAGCAUAAUCUACAGUUUCUUCAAUAAAAACUGAAUGCAUGAACUUUUAUAAGGAAGCACAUAAAUGGUUAGGUGAACCAAUAUUAGCACCUUUUAUUAAAGGAUUAAAAAAAUUGUAAUUAGAAGAGUUAGAGAAAUUCUAAAAAGAAUGGCAACCUGUUCCUAUGGUACCAACAAGAGGUGGAGAUGCUGUAACAGUUGGAUAAGGAGGUGGAAACAAUAAUGGAUUAGAUGUAUAUGAUUUAGUUGAUGCAGUUGAUAUAUUCAAUAAACAUAAUGAAAAAUGGUGUGAUAAAGUAUUGGCCUAAACUAAAUGGAAUGAAAAAUAAGCUUUAUUAGAUUAAUUAUUAAAAGAGGCAGCUACUCCUAAAAUAGCUCCUGGUAAUUAUGUACCAAUGAUAUCUAUGAUUAAAAAGUUAUUAGUAGAUUCUAAUUAGGUUAUAAAUGUAUGUGCUAUUAAAUUAUGUGGAGCAUUUGUUAAAGGUCUUAGAAAAAACUUUACUGCUUAAGCAAAACUCUUAUUUCCUCUUUUAAUAGUUAAAUUAAGAGAAAAAAAAAAUAUUUGUUAAGAAGCUAGAGCUGCUAUGGAAUUAUUCCAUUAUUCUUUAUAAGUAGAAGAUGUUGUUGAAGAUUUUAAGGAAGGGUUAGCUGAUAAAAAUCCUUAAAUGAGAGCAUAAUGUCUUUUAUUAUUUGCUAAACUUGUUUAAUUGAAAGGAUUCCCUUAAGGAGCACCUAAACCUAAAUUUGUAGAUUGUGUCAAAUAAUUAUUGCCAUUAGCAAAAAAAUUAAUUGAAGAUAGUGUUCCAGAAGUAAGAGAGGCAUCAGUACAAAGUUUAGGCACUCUUAAACCUUAUUUGUCAGAUUAAUUAAUUAAUUCUUUUUAUUUAGACAUUGCAUAAUAAAAAUUAAAUAAAAUUAAUGAAAUUUCAGGUCAAAUUGAAGAGGAGAAAAAGAAAGAAUAAAUAAAAAAAUAACCUUAAUAAACUAAAGAAUAAUAAUAAUAAAAUUCAUAAAUUUAGUAAUCUAAUAUAUAAAACAAUUCAAUUUAAUAAGGAACUGCAAAGAAACCUCCACUUUCAUAGAAGAGUAAUAUUGUAAUUACUGAACAACCUGAAUAAAGUUUAGAUUAAUUAGAAGGUUUAUUAAGGAGUUAUGGAAUUGAUGAUUAAUUUUUUGAAAAUAUAAAUGGUAUGGCUAAAUUGAAAGCAGAAGCUAUUAAAAUGCUUGAAAAUGAAACAGAUGCCAUGUAAAAUCAUUUUGAAGACAUUUUAAAUUUCUUAAGAUUUAAAUUAAAGGAUUGGAAAGAAGCAAAUCUUUCAAUCAAUAAAGAACUUUUUUCUAUUUUAAUCUAUGCUAAUAAUUUAGAUCCUAAACCUUUUACUCAAAAAUCAUUUUAACCUUUAUGCAAAUUAUUGGUUGAAAAAAUGACAGAUUCUAAAUUCAGAGAAGACAUAUAUAUAAUUUUAAAGGGAUGUUGUGAAUGUGUAAAUCCAAAAUAUAUUGUUUUAUAUUUGAUUACUUAAGCUACUCCAAAGGAUGACAAGGAAAGUGGUAAACCUACUAUUAUGCCUCCAUAAAAGAUUGGAGAAAUAAUUAAUAAUAUUUCGAAAAUCAUUGAUAUAGUAACUAUUAAGAAUGUCCCUACUAAAGAAAUAAUAGAUUUUGGUAAAGAAUAAUUACAAUCAACAAAUGCUAUUAUCAAGACUUCUUGUGUAGAAUUGUUCAAAACAAUUUAUAAAUAUAUUGGUUAAGAAUUACUCUAAUUUAUAUAAGAUGUAUAACCUCCAGUAAUGAAAACCCUAAAUACUGAAUUUGAAAAAAUAUCAAUAUUAAGUUCUUAUGAACCAACAAUCACUUUUACAGGAGAUGCAGCCAAAGAAUGUGGAGUGAUACAAUCUCAACCACUAUCUUAAUCAAUUAUGUAAUCUACAGUAUCAUCAAUUAAUGAUAAUUUACCUAGAGCUGACAUUUCAAAUUAGUUGUAAUCUGUCUUAAAGAAAAUGGCUGAUAUCUAAUGGAAUAAAAGGAAGGAAGGAAUGGAAGAAUUAGAUAAAUUAUUAACACACAAUAAUAAUAGAAUUUAAAUAAAUGGAUUAAAUGAUUUAAUAAACAUGUUAAAAUAAAGAUUGAGUGAUAACAAUAAAUAAUUAGUUAGACCUAUAGUAUAAAUUGUAGGAAGAGUUGCUGAAGCCUGUGGAAAAGAUUUUAAAUCAUCAGGGAAAUAAUUAAUUUCACCUUUAAUUUCUAUACUUAGUGAUAAAUAAGUAUUAGUUAGAUAGGAUGUUGUUGCUAGUUUAGAUAAAUUUUGUAUAGCCAUAGGUAUUGAUUAAGUGAUUUUGUAAAUGCCUUCUUAUUUAUAGAUGGAAUCUAUUGAAUUGAAAUAAGAAGUUUUAUUAUUUAUUAUGAAAUAUAUUGAAGCAUUGCUUAAAAUAGAUUACAAACCAUUUAUUUUACCAUUAAUUAAUUGUCUUUGUGAUAGAGUGAAAGAAGUUAGAUAGGCAGCAGAAUAAGUUUGUGAAAGAAUGGUUGAAGAUGUAGGAAUAGAUCCAUUUUUAAAUUAAAUGAAAGAUUUAAAACCAGCUGUUGUUUAAUAAGUAAAAUAAUUCUUUUCUAAAUUUGGAAUGACAGAAUUUGAAGACACUUCUAAAAGAACUGGUAAAACACCUAAGGGAAAACAAUAAUCAUAAUUGAUUUAAUAAUAAGAUAUAAGAAAUAUGAAGAGAAAUUUAACCAUAAAAGAUUUACAAAAUGAUUAAAAUACAUCUCAAGAACCUAAAUAAAGAAAUGAAAUAACUCCAAAUAAAUCAUUACAUUAAAAAUCUCAUAAAACUUUACCUUAAGAUAAUACUCCUUUAAGAUAAUAAAAAGAAAAGGCAAUCUUCUAAGACAACAAUAGUUUAAUUGCAAAAAGUUCCAGUAUUAAGGAAUUGAAAUAACUAAGAUUACAAUCAGAUUAAACAUAAUCAUGGGCUAAUGAUUGUUUUCCAAUCAGUACAUUUAGUGAUCUCUAUGUAUGUUUAAAAGAGGAUCUCUACAAUAAUCUGAUGUCAUAUAAUUAUAAGGAUGUUAUGAAAGGUUUAUAAUAAUUAAUGACAGUUUGGAAUGAUCCUGAAUAAAAAUCAGAUAUAAUUGAAUUAAGUGACUUACUAUUAAAAUUUGUACUUGUUAAAAUAUAUGGUUGUUCUGCAAAUCAACUAUUAAUUAAUGCCUUGAUUAGUUUUUUAGAUGCAUUUUUUUAAACAAUCUCAAAAUAAAGAUAUAUCUUAAAUGAAGUAGAAUAAAUUGUAACAAUAUCCUUAUUAAGAGAGUUGAUCUAUGCUGGAGUUGAUGUACAUCCAGAAUUAAUAUUUAAUCUUUAAUAUGUAUUCCCAGUAGAAAUAAUGAUUAAAAAACUUUUACAAUUAUUUAGAAUCAAUCCUUAAGGCUUACAUCCAUUUUUAGUUGAUUAAAAAGAUAGAAUUGAUACUUAAUUAUCCAAUUUAAUCAUCUAAGGUUAAUUAGUCAAAUUCUUUCCUUUAGAUCUAUUCACAGAAUACUCAUAAUAUAUCACUAAAGAAUUACAAAAUGAACUCAUAGCCUUAUUUGGAGAAAAUAUUAUCAGACUAUAAAAUAAAUAAUAGUAGUCAUAUUAAUAAUAAUAAUAAUAAUAAUAACAAUAAUAAUAAUAACCUUAAUCUUAAUAAUAACAAUAUUAAACAGGAAAAUAACCAAUUGUCUAGGGAACUAUUUAAUUAUAAUCAGUUAAAGAUCCAAGAUCACAAUACUUUUUGUAAAUUUUAGAUUCUCUUUUAAGUUAAUAAACAUCUCAAAAUAUAGAAUCUUUAAUGUAAAUCAGUGAUUUACUUACAUAAAAUAUUUAAUAAAAUUAAUAAUUGUUUGUUGAUAAUGCUGAGGCAAUUUGCAAAUGUUUUCAAACUCUAUUAUAGAAUACUUUUACUUAAAGAUAAAUAUACCCUGCAUAAUUUAUAUAGUUCUUUUUAUAAGCAUUAAACAAAUUGUAUUAGCUAAAGCCUUAUGUAAAUUAAUUACCAUAUGAAUUAUUAUGUGGAUUCACUGAAGAGAUUAUGCUUAGACUAUUAUUAGAAGAUGAAAUAAAAACUCAAUAAGAAAAUGGUGAUGCUAUUAAGCAACUUAAUUCUACCAUUCUUAGGAUCUUAGAAAACACUAGCUAAGAUAUUAUGUUUUCUAUUUUAUUUGAUAUAUUAACCAAGCAUAGACGUAGAAGUAAUGCACAAAAAAUGAUAGAUUUGCUUGUUAAAUGCAUAGCUAGGUUAACUGUCAAAAUAGAGUAAAAUAGUAAUAUUAAGAUUGAAUUACUGCUUCUUAAAUUUCAUAAUUAUUUAAAUGAGUUCUCGCUCUAUCCUAAUUUUGCACUUGAUGAAAAAGGAGUUAAAACUAUUAAAGUUGUACUCUAAUAAUUAGUUAAGGUAAGAGGAGAAAGAAUUUGGGAAAAUUAUCAUCUAGUUAGUAGAAGCACUUAAUAAGAUCAAUAUCUAAAUAAAUGGAUUUAAGCAUAUUUAGGUAAUCCUUCUUUGUAAAAUACAUAACAAGAAAAUAAUCUUCCUGAUCAAGAACUAUUAUAGAUAGUUGAAAUGUUAAGAUCACCUACUUUAUUAGAUAGUGGGAUACAAAAAAUGGUAGAAAAAAUUAAAAGAAACCCAAGUAUAAUAUUUUAUUUUAUAUAGCAAUCUAAUGGUAAAAGUAUGUCCAUGAUUAAUAGAUUUAAUUACUUAUAUAGUAGUAAUUGACAAAUGGAUAAACAGUGAUUCAAGGAAAUUAUAUGAGUAAUCAACCUUCGUUAUAGUAUUCUUAGUUAUAACAACUACCUUUACAAUAAUCAUAAUUAUAAUAAUCUUAACUCUCUGUUAGACCUUAGUUAUAAUAGUAAUAAUAAUAAUAGUAAUAAUAAUAAUAAUAGUUAUAAUAAUAAUAAUAAUAAUAAUAAUAAUAAUAAUAAUAAUAAUAAUAAUAAUAAUAAUAAUAAUAAUAAUAAUCAAUUUUACAAUAAUUACCAUCUUAUCCAAGAACAACAAGAGCUGCUGAUCAAUAGUAAUAAUAAUAAAAUGAUUCAUUCGGUGGUUAGUAAUUCAAUCAAUAUCUGUCAGUUAAUUAAUACUAAAUGAAUUAAAAUUAAUUAGGUUAAUCACAAUAAUAAAAUGUAAAAACACCAGAAUAUUUAAUGCAAAAAUUAACUGAUAUGAAAAAUAAAGUUCAAACUCUUGUUGGUCCAAAUAAUGUAUAACAAGCAUAAAAUCCUAGAUAAUUUUAAAAUAAUCGUAUGCCUUAAUGA